AUGACGAUGCUCCUGGACGGAGGCCCGCAGUUCCCCGGGCUGGGAGUGGGCAGCUUCGGCGCGCCGCGCCACCACGAGAUGCCCAACCGCGAGCCGGCGGGCAUGGGGCUGAAUCCCUUCGGGGACUCGCCCCACGCCGCCGCCGCCGCCGCCGCCGCCGCCGCCUUCAAGCUGAGCCCCGCCGCGGCUCACGAUCUGUCUUCGGGCCAGAGCUCCGCGUUCACGCCGCAGGGCUCGGGUUACGCCAACGCCCUGGGCCAUCACCACCACCACCAUCACCACCAUCACCACGCCGGCCAGGUGCCCAGCUACGGCGGUGCAGCCUCCGCCGCCUUCAACUCCACGCGCGACUUUCUGUUCCGCCAGCGCGGCUCCGGGCUCGGCGAGGCGGCCUCGGGUGGCGGGCAGCACGGGCUCUUCGCCGGCUCGGCGAGCAGCCUGCACGCUCCAGCUGGCAUCCCCGAGCCUCCUGGGUACCUGCUCUUCCCCGGGCUGCAUGAGCAGGGCGCCGGGCACCCGUCGCCCACAGGGCACGUGGACAACAACCAGGUCCACCUGGGGCUGCGCGGGGAGCUGUUCGGCCGCGCCGACCCGUACCGCCCGGUGGCCAGUCCGCGCACGGACCCCUACACGGCCGGCGCGCAGUUCCCUAACUACAGCCCCAUGAACAUGAACAUGGGCGUGAACGUGGCGGCCCACCACGGGCCCGGCGCCUUCUUCCGUUACAUGCGGCAGCCCAUCAAGCAGGAGCUGUCGUGCAAGUGGAUCGACGAGGCUCAGCUGAGCCGGCCCAAGAAGAGCUGCGACCGGACCUUCAGCACCAUGCACGAGCUGGUGACACAUGUCACCAUGGAGCAUGUGGGGGGCCCGGAGCAGAACAACCACGUCUGCUACUGGGAGGAGUGCCCUCGCGAGGGCAAGUCCUUCAAGGCGAAGUACAAACUGGUCAACCACAUUCGCGUGCACACGGGCGAGAAGCCCUUCCCGUGCCCCUUCCCGGGCUGCGGGAAGAUCUUUGCCCGCUCCGAGAACCUCAAGAUCCACAAGAGGACCCACACAGGUGAGAAACCUUUCAAAUGUGAAUUUGAAGGCUGUGACAGACGCUUUGCCAACAGCAGCGACCGCAAGAAGCACAUGCAUGUGCACACCUCGGACAAGCCCUAUAUCUGCAAAGUGUGCGACAAGUCCUACACGCACCCGAGCUCUCUGCGCAAGCACAUGAAGGUUCAUGAAUCUCAAGGGUCAGAUUCCUCCCCUGCUGCCAGUUCAGGCUAUGAAUCUUCCACUCCACCCGCUAUAGCUUCUGCAAACAGUAAAGAUACCACUAAAACCCCUUCUGCAGUUCAAACUAGCACCAGCCACAACCCUGGACUUCCUCCCAAUUUUAACGAAUGGUACGUCUGA